GCAAAUUCAGUUCGAGUUCAAUUAUUUUCAAUCAAAAUAAUUAAAAAAAUUUAGUUUAAUUAAAAAAAGCUUCAUGUUUUAAAUAAAGUUUGUUGAAAAGUAUUGUACACCAACUAGAAUGCCAAAUAAUGGAUCCGACGACAUUCGAUCCAUAUGAACAACAGUUAUACGUUGUAUUUAACAACUACGACAUCAAUCAAACGGGAACAAUCGAUCGAGAUGGAUUAUCACAAUUAUGUUGUACACUACAAUUAGAAGAACGUGGCUCAGACUUAAUACACUGCCUUCUAAAUUCUAGGAACAAGAAAAAUGUAACUUUCUAUGAAUUUAAAGAAGCGUUACUCUCAAUUUUAGGCGAUGGCCAAAUCACUGACUCUGAUACACCAAAAGAUUUAAGUAACAAAUCGAUAAGUGAUGACGAUGAAUCACCGGAUCGUGAAGUUUCACCAAAAUAUAUUUACGGAGCCAAGAAAUAUGGUAGAAGAUCAAGACCACGUAUCGAAAAUGAAUUGGAUGACACGAAAAAUGAAUCAAAAUCUGAUAUCAAAGUAAAUAAAAUCCAACGAUCAAGUUCCCAUAGUGAUGUACACCCGUUGAAAAAACGUAAAGGAAACACUCAACUAAAGCGAUGUACAAGCUUUCCAGACAGUGGAACUUAUUCUAAUAACUGGCAACAGAAUGAUGAAGUAUGUAUAUUCUCCCCCAUCACUGGCUCCCCUUCGGAACAACGGGAAAUUGAUCGUGAAAUGGCCCGUGAAUUAUGGAAACGUUUGAAUGUUGGUAGAAAUGGUAAAUUAACAAUGGGGGAAUUAAAAACGGUUAUUGAUUAUAUUGGAACUGAUAAAAUCUCCGAUUCAAUAAUCAAUAAAUUACAUUCCAAAAUUAAUCAAAGUGAUGAUAAAUAUCUGAGUUUUAAUUCAUUUUUGGAGUUGUUUCGUGCAAGUGAUAUGGCAUGCAGGACAGAGACAAAUAAUGAUCGUAUGAUUAUUGAACCAGAUUUUCAAAAACAUAACUUCGCACAGUUUAUUACGCUAGGACCAGAUGGCUCUGGUGUUAUAAAUUCUGAUGUGAUUGUUGAUAUAUGGGAGAACGCUGGUAUCACUUCAGCUCAUAAUUUAUUGUGUGACUUAGGCUUUACUAAAAAUCAAAUUAAUAUCGCUGAUUUAGCAAUGGUUAUUGAUGACGAGUUACGUAACAUAAAUGGUAGCGUAAAUGAAUCGAUUAUAUUUCCAAAUAAUCCACACAUAUCGUUGUUACAAGCUUCACUUGCGUUAUAUCAAUCUGAAGUUCGGUGUUUAAAAUCUGCAAUGGAACAUUUAAAUGCGGAACGGGAUAAAUUAAAAAGUGAUAUAAAUGAUGCGAACCAACGUGCGAGUUUAUUGGCUCAAGAAGUGGAUGAUAACCAUGCUAAAAUGGAGAAGGCAACCAAGGAACAAGUUCGACAUUUGGAACAACGUCAUGCAGAUAUAGUUAAAGAUUUAACGGAGCAAUUAACUGGAGAACGUGAGCAAGCUACAUUGUUGAGUCAUAAAUUAGAGAAACGUGUGGCUAGCUUAGAAGCGGAAGAAAUGCGAUUAAAAAUGGAAUUAUCAACAGUCCAAGAAGAUGUUUCGAUACUAGAAAAAGAAAAUCAGAGUCUGUUGGAACAAGUUUCCGAACUUGAACAAUCAAAUUCACAAUUAUUAUUAAGUGUUACGACGCUAGAAGGUGAAAAACAAAAGAUUUGUGAUAUGGAAGGAAAUCGUGAACGAGAACAAAUGUUAUCCUAUCUAGAAAAAAUAUCAAAUCUACAAUUUGAAAAUACCGCUCUUAAAGAUAAAAAUGAUGAAUUAUGCAUUGAGUUGGAAUCGAUUAACUCACAAUUAUCGGCUUUACGGUUGAAAAAAGCAAAUCCUCCAAAUUCACUUGAAUUGGAGAAUUCUUUGGCAGUUGGCAAUUCAUCAGGGAAUGCAAUUAAACGUCGUGGUGAAAUUUCAUGUCACAAUACGUCAACGGAAACAAAUAAUUAUGAAGAGGAGAGUCCACGAAUUAGUAAACUUCGUAAAUGUCAUAAAAAUGAGACUGGUUUGGAUGUGGAUUAUGAUUAUGCGGAUUCGUCGAUUUCGAUAACGAGUAGUGAUGGAGGCUUUGAAGAUGAUGUGUCACGUUUACAAGCACGUGUUGCAUAUCUUGAAAAUUUGUUAGCUAAUUACGGGCAUGACGUUUCAUCUGAUCCGAUGCUUACGAAAUUGGUAAAAGAUAGUGAAAAUCCUACAGAGAAACAAAAAAUCGAUUCAUUAAAAGAUCGGUGUAAACAAUUAGAAAUCGUUUUACAUGAUAUAAAAAUGGGAUUACAAACUGCAAUAUCCGAGGAAAAUUGCAAUGAAAAAUGUGACAUUAAAGAUUGUGUUACCGAAAUUCAACAGAAAUUAAUAGAAAAUGUUGAAUUUAUCAAAAAAUUGUCACAAGAGAAUGAUGUUGAAAGAACGUCAUCUUCAACACCUCCCGUCUCAGCCACAUCCGAUGGAAUGGAACGAUUAUUAGCUGAAAAUAAAGCACUUGAACAACGCUGUUCAGAUUUAGAAGUAAGCUUAGAUUUAUUACGAAACGAAUACGAACGUUGCGAAGAUUAUUGGGCAAAUAAAUUAGAUGAAGAACGACAAUUAUUCGAUCAAGAACAAAAACAAUCGAAUCUUAAUUUCCAAGAGUUACUUAAUAAAAUGAGCGAAUUUGAAGAACAAUUAUCCACACAGGAUAAUAAAUUACCAGUGAUUGAAGAAAAUACACUCGAACGACAAUUUACUGAGCUUGAAGAAGAAUUUGAUUCAUAUCGAGAAACUGCUGAAAAACAAUUAACGGAACAACAAAUGGAGAUUGAACAAUUAAAAUUAAUUGUCAGUAAAUUAGAAAUGAAAAAAGAAACAAUGGACGCUGAAACUCAAAGUUGUGUUGAAGUUGUUGAAAAAGAUGUAAAUACAGAUCCGGAAACUAUGUCGAAUACAUUUACAUGGACGAAAUUACCCAGUUACUCACAAUCAAAUUCUCUGGAGACAAAUCCAAAUGAUAAUGUAUUUACAGCCGGAACGAAUAGUCCACCACAAGCACACGUCCAUCGAACACGUAAACACAGUGCAAAUUCAUCUGAUAAAGCAUAUCGUAAAGAUGAAAUAAAACGAUUACGUAAUAUUAAAGUACAGUUAGAUGAGGAAUGUUUAAAUCUGCAUAAACAAAAGGAGAGUUUAAUGAAAGAAGUUGUUGAAUUACAAAAUAAAGCCAAAGAAAUUGACGAACCAGUUAUUACAUUUAAAUGGAAAGGUAUGCGUGGUUUUACAAAUUUAAAUAGUAAAAUCAAUAAUUGUGGUACAAAUAUACAUAAGCAAAUAUGUCGUGUAAGUAUUGGAAAUUUACAAGAGUUAAAUGGGUUGUUGCAUCAACUUGACCAGAAAUGUAGACAUUUACAACAAGUAUUACGGCGACAACAACAGCAAGCGGAGAGUAUGUUACAUCAAUCAUGGGUUCAACACAAAGGCGAAAUUACAGAUCUACAAUAUCUAUUAAAAACGACACAAGAGAAAUUAGAACGACAAUCACAUAUAGCAAACGAUCAAAGUGAACAAUUAGCACGAACAGAUAUGCUUGUAAAAGAUUUGUAUAUAGAAAACUCUUAUUUACUUGCAACUGUACAACGCUUGGAACAUCAUUGCCUUGUGCUAUCACAAUGCAACAUGAACAAUAGUAGUUCAGUUUAAAAAAAAGACAUUCUUCAUUAUUUUCAACAUCUUAUUUAUUAAAAGUCACAUAUAUGUCCUAUUUCUUUAAUAUUUAGCUAGUCAACACAACAUUGAAAACUCAUCAUAAAUUUCUUAGAAAUUAUUGAGAAAUUACUAUUGACUUAAAUAAUUAUAAAUUUUUUUUGUGUGACUUUGAAUUUAUUUAGACUAUCAAGUGAAAUUUCUUUAGUAAGAGUAAGCUAGGUUACGAAACCGAAAAAUUUAAAUUAGAAUUUCGUUUACCAUGACAUAGAAUAUUGGAUUGUAGAUGCCAAUUUUCAGUACUGAUAUUAUUUUAAGUUUAGUUGGGUAACGUUCUUGAAACAUUAAUUAUUUUGAGAAUUCAAUAAAAUUAGACUUAAGUAAGAUUUUGAAUGCACUUAAAUAGGUUAUUUUUUACAGUCUUAUCACUCAUACUUUAAUAUUUUGUACGAAGUUAACAGAAUUGUCGCCAAGAUUGGAAACGACAAUGCGAAAUUCAUCUUCAUUAGAUUAUACUAAUUCAACUGUGUGUAAUUAUUCACAGUUGGCUACAUUGACACUACACACUUACGUAAGUCUUUUUUCCAAAGACUUUUUAAUCUAUUUCUAAAUGGGCUCAUUUGACUGGAAAUGAAUAUUAAUGCGUGGCAAUUUUCGUUUCGGAAACAAAUAAUUCAAAGAAGUUUGUGUCACAUUUUCUCCAUAUAUUUCUUAAAACUGCUGCUCUGUAUGACCUACCGUUGCCCAAAUGCGCUAUUUGUAGCUCACUUCAGCAGUUUCUAGCAUAUUUUCUCCAGCAGUCUCCAAUACGACCAAAUAGUACUGUUUAUUGACGGUCUGUUCAUCUGGAACAUAUUCAUAGGCGACAAAAUCACGAAUAUCAAAGAAAACAAUCAGUAACACCUUUAAUUUUAUGGGACUCUGCUUGUACUUCUGAAAAAUUGAAGGGGAUAAAGUUUUACAUUAUUUUCCACUCAUAUCGAUGAGUUCAUGGCAGCCUCUAUCCGAGAAAGUAAAAGAUUAAGAGUUGGAUUACCGGCAUUUAUGUUAUUUUUUCGCUUUUUGUUUUUAAAAGUAAAAAAUAAUCUUUUUAUGGCAUAUAUUAUUAAAACUAAAGAACUUUCACUUUUAUUAUAAUAUUUCUAGAUUAGAAAAACCACCAUUUAUUUUCAGUCU